GGCUUUGUUCGAACCAUAGGUACCAUAGGCGUGAGCAAGAGAGCACACAUUCCAGCCACGUUGAGCCUCAUCCCUGUAGCCAGGCUGUGUGCCCGCAUGUAGGGGCCUCCUCAAACUCUGACCCGGUCCUGGGAGGCAGCCCAUUGCCGUUUGCUUUACAGAGGAGGAGACAGAGGCUCAGAGAGGCCCCCAGCUUGAGAGAGGAAGGUCUGAGCUGGGUGUGCCUGACUCCAAAACCCGUGCUCACCACCACUCCCCAGCGGCCCGCUCUUGUGAGGCCUCUGUGGCCACUGGGCCGCAGCCCCACCGCACCCUCCCCGGCAGGGCCAGGAGCAAGUGCCCCGGUGGGCUCAGCAGCUCCUGCCCAGGCGGGCUCCCUCUGCAGGUGGUCACAGAGUGGGGCGAGACGGGAGCACUGCCCAGUUCCCCACACCUUUCACAACCCAACCGAUGGCGCCAUGGAGCAGGAAGGAUUACAAACAGGCCACAGGAAGCUCUGACGCUGCGGGGGAGGGUGGGGGCAGGAGGGCUCUGCAGAGCCUGGGACCAGAGGAUACACGGCCGCAGGGCUCCCUCCAGAGUGGACAAGGCUGGCCAAGGAUGGUGCCGUCCAGGGCCCUGGGGGCACUGCUUCUCCCGCUCCUCCUACUCCUGGCCUCAGGUGAGAAAGAUUUCACGAACAAAUCUGAGCAAACAGCACAGUCUGAGGAGCCAAGGAACGUCUGCCUGGGGCUCAUCAAUAAGGACCAUUACGAACCCUUUGAGCUGAUGAGCACGGCGAAGUGCUUCAACAACUGCGUGGAGUCGGGGAGCUCCUCCUGUCAUCUGGACAACUUGCAGAGGUACUGGCUGGACUACGAGGCCUACCUUGUGGAGAGGAGUCUGAGGGGGACGGUGGAUUUGCCUUUUCUGAAGGCUUUUGUCAAGAACGUCAGCACCAGCAUCGCAGAAGACCUGCACUUCUCUCUGAACCUCUCUCAGAUUCCGGGGCAGAUGACGGAGGACAAGCACCAGUUCCCUGCCAGAGUCCGGCUGCCCAGGAGCCUGUUCGCCUCCCUGCAGGGCAGCAGGCCAGUGGUCCCCUUGGCCGUAUCUGUGCUGGAUGUCGGCCGGGGGAACCUCUUCAAGGGCCCCCAGCUCAGCCUGGACGACGAAGGCAGCGUGUUGAACAACCGCCUGGUGGGUCUGAGUCUGGGCCGGAUGCGGGUCACGGCGCUGCCAGAGCCUGUGGAGAUCACCUUCUCGCACCCGCACCAGCCUCCGAACAUGACCCUCACCUGUGUAUUCUGGGAUGUGACUAAAGGGUCCACAGGAGACUGGUCUUCGGAGGGCUGCUCCACGGAGCCCGGGGCGCAGGCGACACUGUGCCGCUGUGACCACCUGACCUUCUUCGCCCUGCUGCUGAGGCCGACCCUGGACAAGGCCACCGUGCAGGCACUCGUGCGAAUCUCCCAGGUCGGCUGUGGCGCCUCCAUGGUUUUCCUGGCCUUCACCAUUGUCUUCUACGUGGCCCUGAGGUUCUCCUGGAAGAGGUUCAAGUCAGAAGAUGCCCCUAAGAUCCACGUGGCCCUGAGCGUCAGCCUGUUUCUCCUGAACCUGACCUUCUUCAUCGUUGUGGGGCACGGCCCACAGGGGACCCCUGCUGCCUGCAUGGCCCGGGGGGCCAUCUUCCACUAUUUCCUGCUCUGCGUCUUCACCUGGAUGGUGCUGGAAGCCUUCCACCUCUACCUGCUCGUCAUCAGGGUCUUCAACACCUACUUCGGGCACUACUUCCUGAAGCUGAGCCUCGUGGGCUGGGGCCUGCCAGCCCUCAUGGUCAUCGGCACCGCGAGUGCCAGCAGCUAUGGCCUCUACACCAUCCGAGACCAGGACAACAGGACCACACUGGAGCUGUGCUGGUUCCAGGAGAAAACUGCCCUCUACGCCACCGUCCACGGCUACUUCCUCAUCACCUUCCUCUUCAGCGCUGUGGUGCUGGGCCUGCUGGCCUGGAAGAUCUUCACCCUGUCGAGUGCCACGGCCGGCAAGGAGCAGCGGCAGCACUGGAAGGGGGUCCUCACCUUGCUGGGCCUCUCGAGCCUGGUGGGCAUGACCUGGGGGCUGGCCAUCCUCACGCCACUGGGCCUGUCCACCAUCUACAUCUUCGCACUGUUCAACUCCUUACAAGGUGUCUUCAUCUUCUGCUGGUUCACCGUCCUCUACUUCCCGAGCCAGACCACCGUGUCCUCCUCCUCCGGCACCGCCCGGGCUGAGCAGACCCACACGGCGUCGCAAUGACAGGACUCUGACCCAUGUGUGCGCCUGGACAGCUCCCGGCCUCCCUCUGGGCCUCGGUCUCCACGUCUGUACAGUGUGGCUGGGGAGGGAGGACGAGGGACAGGGCGAACCACAUGAUCUCAGAGGUCCCACCCAGAUCAGCUCUGGUAUCAGAAUCCCCCCAUCCAGGACUGCAGGGGCUCAAGGUUCCCAUAACCCUGAGCCUCCUCCUAGCACAGAACAGCACCCUCACCCCUGCCGCUCUGCACCCUCACCCCCCCACACCCCACCCCACCCCUGCCUUCAUAGAGAAGCAGCCCAUCUGCCAUUGCCCACCGUCUGGUCUCAGUAAGAGGAGAGUCUGUUGCUGGCACGGCCCCUCCAAGGAGCCCAACCACCCCUUCCCCGCUGUUGUCACUGCCUCUCCACCCGCUGGCUCCCCUGCCCGUGGUGAGGGGGCAUUGAGGAGGUGUCAGCUCCUCAGGCACCAGGUAGUUGUGAACUGGAGGUUUGUUUGGGGGGUUGGACCCAGGCCACCUGGUCUCGGCCAGGCCCACCAUGGCCUAUUAUCACAGAAGAACCCCCACCAUUUGGGGGGCUGCCAGCCCUUCAGGUGCCAGGACACUGACAUUCAGAGAAUGCCACUCAGUGGGUGACACCCCAGCAAGGGCCCUGUUCCCAUUCUGACUGCCAUGUGGGUGGCUUGACCUCUGACCUGCUGCCAUGGUAGGGGUCACGAUGGGGGUCACAGUGGGCUGGAGGUGCAAGGCAGGGGAGGGGGCUGGGCUGAGCAGAGAGAGGGAGCACAUCCCCCAGCCUUCCCCCCCCCCACCCACGCACACCCCACCGGGAAUCUGAGCACCUACAGCUACAGAGCGGGCGCUUUGCCGGCCUCACUAGCCCCGUCAGCCCAGCCCUGGUGCGUCCGGGCCCUGAGCAGAUAUCCGCCGGCCUAGUAGGUGGAUGUGUGAGCUCGGCUGCAGCCUGACAGCCCUGAGCCAGGGGCGUGUCCCAGGCCUGACCCUGCUUCCAGCGGCUUGACCGCUGGGUCACAAGCAACCGCAUGCUGUUUCCUCCAUAGGAAACAAAAGGAGGCAGAUAAUAGAGAUGGAGGAAGCGAUAGAGAGAUGAAGCCAGAAAGAGAGAAUUAACAGAUGAGCUGAUGCAAAGGGAGAGAUCAGAGAGGGACAGAUGGAGAGAGACACAGCCCCCUCCCCGCACCCGCUUCCCCAGCCUGCGGACAGGAGGGCAGAGCCCUGGGACGGUCCCCCUCCCGGAGCCCCAUCUCCACCAUCAAGUUCCGCUCCAGCCUGGCUUACUAACCAGCAGGGAAUCGCACCCCUCCCCACCCACACCCUGCCCAGGGGGCUUUGCAGCCGGUCAGGCACAUUCUACAGAUGAGAAGUUAGUCCAAUGAGACCCUCCCCACGGCCCUGGGGCUGCCGGCCUGCCAGAUGCCAAGUCAGGGCCAGCAACAGAUGAAAGACAGGAAGGGGGCGGGGGGGCUAUUUUAAGCAAGUCACCGUGUUCCUGGAAGGGAAAUCCUGGGGUGUGGACAUCACAGCAGCUGAGCCACAGGCUUCGGUUUUCUGCACACACUUGGUGGGGCGGGGUUUAUCCUCACAGACCUAUGAUUCUCAUGCCAAGGAUCUCAGCUCCCUCCCCCCAACGUCUCCGAGUUGCCAACCUGCGCUCAGGAAGAGCAGAGGGACGCCAGGGUCUGAGGGCCUGGGUUCAAAUCCCGCCUCUGCUCCGAAGGGGCCGCAUGUCACCGCGCCUCUCUGAGCCCGCUUCCCGCUCCGUAAAAUUGAGAUCGAGUCCUGCCUCGUCCUGAGAGCACUAAGUGAGGUGACGAAGUCAAGUGCCCCGCACGAUUCAGGGGGAGGUAGUUGGCUCCCCGAGACCCCCUUCCUUGGCCUGAAGAGAAACCAGGCGGAGCCCUUGUGUAAAGCCUGUAUGUGAACUAGGAGGUCCGGGGUCCAGGUGUGAAGGUUAAGGCUCCCUUCCAGAUUCCGUCUCAGCUCCGUCAAGUGCACAGCCCCGUGUGGGGACGAGGCAUGGAGGCCCCGAGAGGCCCACCAACCUGCCAAGGAACAGUUCCUCACCCGCUGAACCUGUAAGGCAGGGGUGGCAGCAGCUGCCCCACAGGGUUGAUGAAGGAUUAAAUGAGACAUUGGCUGAGAGGGCUGCCUGGUGCCCGGCCCGCUUGGUCCCUCAGGAAUGUGAUGGGCCAGAACUUGGCCUUGGCCAUCACCUUAUCAGGCCCUGGGCUGCAGGCUCAUCGGGGUGCUGCAGAUGGGCCCCCCGGCCCACCAUCACCACCAUGGCUCCCUGAUUCUCUCCACUCUACCCCAAUUUAUUUACUCCUAGUAUGUUUUUAUUACAAUGUAACAAAUAUACAGGAAAUUAGAAGACCUACUUAUUCUGUGCUCUCUGACAGAUAAUAUCAGAAGACAAAAAUUAUUCACAAAUUAAUCUAGGAAUACAAUGCAACUUCAAUAAA